AUGCGUUUCCGGUUCAUGAAGGACCGCCGGAAGUGGACAGCUCCCCUUCACUCCCCGGGCUGUUGUACCACUAUGUACUCCGCUCCCACUGAUCCUCGCAGACGCAGAUCGCUCGCCGGAGACGAUCAUCCGGCGCAUACACACACAGCAAACACACUCAGCCUCUCCCGGAAGACACACUCCGGUCGCCCCUUAAUCAUACCCCACUGUCCGACAAUGCCCAACCAAUCAACCGCACUUUCAUCUAGAAAAAAACAAAAAACGAGGUAUCAUCGGCAAAGCCCAACCAAGACCCCCGUCCCAGCUGCCACGGCCGCUCGGACGGCGACCAUCCUGUCUUCCGACUUCUUGCCCGCUGCACCCGCCACGACAGCUCCGUAAUCGCCAGCGCCUUUGGAUGUCCUCGUCGAGAAGCCUCAGUCCCCGGCCCACUUAUAACUCCUCCUCGCCCCUCUACGACUCCCCGCUGCUCCUCCCAGGUGGAUCUCCCCCUCCCUUUUCUUCUCUCUCUCUCGCUUCCGUCUCAAAUCACGCUGCUUCAUCUUCUUUGUUGUUCGUUAAGUUUUAUUAUUAUCAUUAUCAGUCGUUGUUUACUUGGGCCAACCAGCAAGAAAAAAAUAAUCGACAAGUAUUCA